AUGCUUUUUGAUGGUGAAUCGCCCGCAGAAACAGCACCAUGCUCAUCGUCACUAAUUGUGGACGAGGAGGCCGAGCUGGAUCUUGGAGACGGCCAUAUGGACUUCGGCAUCUAUGACCUCGCAGCAGCGACGUCGACGCCAUAUGUCCCUGGAGUAGGGACCACAGCCCGCACAACGCCAUAUGAGACGGAGAGCAGUGGAUCCUACGUGACCAGUCCGGCGACGACGACCAAUGUCAGAUCGUCGAAGCCACGGAGACGAAAAGCGCGCAUGAACGAGGUCGAUGAAGAAACCCAAUCACGUCGUCGAGCCCAGAACAGAGAGUCCCAACAAGCCUACCGCCACCGCCGAGAGGACUACAUCCACAACCUGCAGAGCCGGAUUGUCGAUCUGCACCUGCGGCACCGCGACCUGUGGCAGUCUUAUUACUCGCAGGACAGGAGGUUGAGCCUGUUGAGAGAAGUGGCUGCCGAUCUCAGCAUGGAGGUCAAUGUGCUGCGGAGGCGGCAGUCGGAGAGUCAGCAGCAUCAGCAUCAGCAUCAGCGACAACAGCAAAACCACCUCCUACUAACGCCUGACCACUCGGUCUGCCUCGGCGACGAGGGCGACGGGAUCACCAGCCUACGCGUAAACGAUUCAAUCUACGAGUACACCGUGAGUCCAUCACACUAUAUCCAAGGUGACGGCAUGGACUUCCCAGCACAGAGCCAGAGCCAGAGCCAGAACCAAACGGAGGGUCAGAAUCAGAACCUGCAAAAUUGGCUUUCCGGAACAACAGGCACGUAUCCGCCCAGUGGUAGUUCCGAGUACAUAGACCUGGCGUGA